GGCAGCGAGGUUUAGCGCAUGGACCAAUGUGAUUGAAACGGCAGUGGGAAGAUGUGCGUGCUUGCCUCUUGCUGGACGGAGAGAGGUGGUGAAGAAGGUCUGACUUUGGAAUCUAAAUAUUUCUUCUACUUAUAUUCGCCCGAAUUGUUUUUUCAGUUUUAAUGAACUGACUAUUUACUUUUCAUCUAAAGUUCGCUCAUUUGUCACAUUUUGUUUCCAAACAUUAUUUAUAUUUCGGUUAUCUUGUAAGAUGCGUUUUCCCCACCUCGUCACUGUAUAGGUGUACCGUUUUAACACCAGAGUAUUUUUUGAGCACCUACGGUUGCCCGCGCGCCACUACACCCUGACUCAGCACCACACCUGGGCUGCACGCGAGCACUGUAUCCCCCUGGAGCAUCCUUUUGAAGAACUGGGGAAGUAGCCAGGCACCGAGGACUAGCGUAGAGUGGCGCAGAGUCGGAUCACAGCUUUAACCAAGAAAAUCACAGAGGCUCCUAUAAAAUACUCCAAGCGCAAAGAAGGGUCAGAAAAAGGAAGAGAGUACCAGGGAGGGAGUUAACGGAGCGAUAAAAAAGGAGAAGACGCGAAGAAAUUAUCGAAGAGAGUUGGACUGGUUACUCCAAGCUAGUAGCAAAUGUUUAACAACUGCCACAUAGAACAUAAUUAUAGGAAAGCAGCGGUAAAAGUGUGCGGAGGAAGACGAGAGAGCAUAGCUUGGGGGGAUUGAACGGAGCGGGGCAUGUGGAUAUUGGCUUUUAUCUUUUUCCAGAGCAUCUUAAAUGUUUUUAGUGAAGAUAUACAUUCCAGCUUAUAUUUUGUCAAUGCAUCUCUGCAAGAGGUAGUGUUUGCCAGCACCACAGGGACCCUGGUGCCCUGUCCUGCAGCAGGCGUGCCCCCUGCCUCGCUGCGCUGGUACCUGGCAACUGGAGAAGAGAUCUACGAUGUGCCAGGGAUCCGCCACGUGCACCCCAAUGGCACCCUCCAGAUCUUCAACUUCCUCCCCUCCAGCUUUAGUAAGCUGAUCCAUGACAAUACCUACUAUUGCACAGCUGAAAAUCCUUCAGGGAAAAUAAGAAGCCAAGAUGUCCACAUUAAGGCAGUAUUUCGGGAACCCUACACGGUCCGUGUGGAGGACCAGAAAGCCAUGAGGGGCAAUGUAGCGGUCUUCAAGUGCAUUAUCCCUGCCUCUGUGGAGGCUUACGUCACUGUCGUAUCAUGGGAAAAAGACACAGUCUCACUAUCCUCAGGACCUAGAUUUCUCAUAACAACCACAGGAGCCUUGUAUAUUCUGGAUGUACAGAAUGAGGAUGGAUUGUAUAACUAUCGCUGCACCACGCGGCACCGCUACACAGGCGAGACCAGACAGAGCAACAGUGCCAGGCUUUUUGUGUCAGAUCCAACUAACUCGGAGCCGGGGAUUCUGGAUGGCUUCGACCGCCGAGAGGUCAUGGCGUCACAUCGGGUGGAGCUGCCCUGCAAGGCGUCAGGCCACCCCAUGCCCAAGUACCGCUGGCUGAAGGACAAUAGCCCUCUGGAGCCUGACACGCGUUUCCGCCAGAGUGUCACAGGCCUGCUGAUAGAGAGCGCCCAGCCAGCAGACUCUGGCACCUAUGUGUGUGAAGUGUGGAACAGCUACGGGAACGCUGAGGUGGUGGGUCGGCUGCUGGUCAAACAGCCCCUGAAGGCGGUGGUCAGUCCACGCAAGGUGAAGGGCAGUGUGGGCAGCAAGGUAUCCCUGCACUGCAGUGUCAGUGGCUCUGAGGAGUACGAGCUGUCAUGGUACCGUAAUGGAGAGAUAAUCUACCCUGGCAACAAUGUGCGGAUCACAGGCAUCAGCAGAGAAAACCUGAUUAUGGAGGGCAUGGCCAAGAGUGACGGCGGGGCCUACCAGUGUUUUGCCAGGAAGAACAAGAUGUCUGCCCAGGACUUUGUGCAGGUCAUAUUGGAGGACGGCACUCCAAAGAUUCUGUCCUCCUUCAGUGAGAAGGUGGUCAACCCCAAUGAGCCGGUCUUCCUGGUGUGUAAUGUCAAAGGCACUCCCCCACCCUCCUGCACCUGGAGCCUGGAUGACGACCCGAUCAUCAAGGACAGCCACCACCACCCCGGGCAUUAUGAGACCCAUGAAGGCCACGUGGUCAGCCAGCUGAACAUCACCCACACCAAGGAGGUGGAUGGAGGGGUUUACCGCUGCACCUGCAGGAACUCGGCCGGGGCAGUCUACCACCAGGCUCGAAUAAACGUAAGAGGGGCUGCCAGCAUCCGUCCAAUGAAAAACAUCACGGCCAUCGCAGGGCGAGAUGCUUACGUCCACUGUCGCGUCAUUGGCUAUCCGUACUAUUCCAUCAAGUGGUAUAAGAACUCCCACCUGCUCCCUUUCAACCACCGACAGCGGGCCUUUGAGAACAACGGCACUCUGAAGUUGUCUAAUGUGCAGGAGCUGGACCAAGGGGAGUACAACUGCAGGGUGUUGGUUAAACCCCACCAAGAGACCAAUCAGAGCGUCCACCUCAGUGUCCGAGUUCCACCCUACAUCCAGCCCUUUGCGUUCCAGCGGUUCUCUAUUGGUCAGCGUGUCUUCAUCCCCUGUGUGGUAAUGUCAGGUGACCAACCACUGGACAUCACAUGGCAGAAGGACGGACGCCCAAUACCAGCCAGUCUGGGGGUCACUAUCGACAACAUAGAGUUCACCAGCUCGCUGAGGAUCUCAAACCUUUCCCCAGACCACAACGGAAACUACACCUGCAUUGCACGCAACGAGGCUGCAGCCGUAGAGCACCAGAGUCAGCUCAUCGUUAGAGUUCCUCCCCAGUUUGUGGUGCAGCCCACAGACCAGGAUGGGAUCUAUGGGAAAGCUGUGACUCUGAACUGCUCUGCGGAGGGUUAUCCUCGCCCCACCAUUGUAUGGAAGCACUCUAAAGGUAACGGGGUUCCCCAGUUCCAGCCCAUUGCCUUGAACUCUGGCUCCCGUAUCCAGCUGCUGGCCAAUGGCUCUCUGCUUAUCAAACACGUGCUGGAAGAGGACAGUGGCUACUACCUGUGUAAGGUCAGCAAUGACGUGGGAGCGGACGUCAGCAAGUCCAUGUACCUCACCGUCAAAAUCCCGGCCAUGAUCACGUCAUAUCCCAACACCACCAUGGCCACAGUGGGACAGCAGAAGGAGAUGAGCUGCACUGCCCAUGGGGAGAAGCCCAUCAUGGUGCGGUGGGAAAAGGAGGAACGCAUUAUCAACCCAGAGACCAGCCGCUACACCGUUGUGGUCAAAGAAGUGGCUGACGACGUAAUUUCAACUCUGAAGAUUUUGCCCACUGUUCGGGAAGAUUCUGGAUUCUUCUCCUGCCAUGCCAUCAACUCAUAUGGGGAAGACAGGGGGAUCAUUCAGUUAACAGUUCAAGAGCCUCCGGAUCCUCCCGAGGUGGAGAUCCGAGAGGUCCGAGACCGGACAAUCGCCCUCCGAUGGACAAUGGGUUUCGACGGGAACAGCCCCAUCACAGGAUAUGACAUUGAAUGCAAGAACAAAUCCGCUUCAUGGAGUUCAGCCCAGAUAACCAAAGACGUGUCCCCCCAGCUGAACCAGGCCACCAUCAUAGACCUGCACCCCUCCUCUACCUACAACAUACGCAUGUUUGCCAAGAAUGACAUUGGCAAGAGUGACACCAGCAAUGAGCUCACCAUCACCACUGACGAAGCAGCCCCCGAUGGGCCUCCACUUGAAGUACACCUGGAACCCACCUCCCCUCAAAGCAUUAAAGUCACCUGGAAGGCCCCCCACAAACACCUUCAAAAUGGGGUAAUCCGGGGCUACCAGGUGGGCUACAGGGAGUACAGCUCCGGAGGCAGCUUCCAGUUCAAUAUCAUCAGCAUGGACACUACAGGGGACAGCACCGAGACCAUCACCUUGGACAACCUGAGGAAGUUCACUGAGUACGGGGUGGUGGUGCAUGCAGCUAACCGGGCAGGCACUGGCCCCUCCUCUCAGGAAGUCAUCACCAAAACACUUGAGGACGUGCCAUCUCGUCCACCUGAAAAUGUUCUGGCCAUGGCUAAGUCUCCAGAGGUCAUCUCUCUGUCCUGGCUGACCCUGCCAAAAGAGGCCCUGAACGGAAACCUUCAGGGCUACAGAGUCAUCUACUGGGCUAACCUGCCCGAUGGAGAGUUGGGAGAGAUUAGGAACGUGACCACCUCCUAUCCGUCUCUGGAGCUGGAUGGUCUGGAGAAGUACACCAACUACAGCAUCCAGGUGCUGGCCUUCACCCGGGCUGGGGACGGGGUGCGCAGCGAGCAGAUCUUCACCCGCACCAAGGAGGACGUCCCUGGGCCUCCAGCCGGGGUGAAGGCUGCAGCCUCUACCAGCUCUGUGGUAUUUGUGUCUUGGCUCCCUCCUCUCAAACUCAACGGCAUCAUCAGGAAGUACAUUGUCUUCUGCUCCAACCUGCACCCCACGGUGAUGAGUGAGUUUGAGGCAUCUCCUGAUGUGUAUUUUUACCGCGUACCCAACCUGGCACGCAACAGGAAGUAUAGCAUCUGGGUGGUUGCUGUGACAGCUGCUGGUCGAGGAAACAGCAGUGAGACAAUCUCAGUGGAACCUCUAGCCAAAGCUCCUGCCAGGAUCCUGACAUUCAAUGGUACAGUGACCACACCCUGGAUGAAGGACAUUGUUCUUCCCUGCAAGGCAGUUGGAGAUCCACCCCCAACCAUCAAGUGGCUGAAGGGAAACAAUGGUACCCCUACCCCUGUUCUGACUGAUGGACGGCGUAGUGUCCAUAGCAACGGCAGCUUUAUCAUCCGGACAGUGAAAGCAGAGGACUCUGGGAACUACAGCUGUGUGGCCAGCAACAACUGGGGCUCUGAUGAGAUCACGCUUAACCUGCAAGUUCAAGUUCCUCCAGACCAACCACGCCUAACCGUUACCAAGACAACCACCACGUCAAUAACUCUGUCCUGGAUACCUGGGGACAACGGAGGGAGCUCCAUCAGAGGCUACAUCCUGCAGUACUCAGAGGACAAUAGCGAGCAAUGGGGCAGUUUCCCCAUCAGCCCAAGCGAGCGCUCGUACCGUUUGGAGAACCUGAAGUGUGGCACCUGGUACAAGUUUACCCUAACUGCUCAAAACGGAGUGGGACCAGGACGCAUCAGUGAGAUAAUCGAAGCGAAGACCCAUGGGAAAGAGCCCCAGUUUGCCAAGGAACAUGAGCUGUUUGCCAGCAUCAAUUCCACCCGGGUGAGAUUGAAUCUGAUUGGCUGGAAUAACGGUGGCUGCCCAAUCACCUCAUUUACCCUGGAAUACCGUCCAGUGGACACAGCAAUGUGGACUACAGCUCAGCGUACCUCACUGACUAAGAGCUACAUCCUGUACGACCUGGCCGAGGCCACCUGGUAUGAGCUGCAGAUGAAGGUGGUUAACAGCGCCGGCUCCGCUGAGAAAAAGAUUACAUUUGCCACCCUCAAUGCAGAUGGAAGCACCAUUCCACCACUGUUAAAGACUGUGGACCCCAUAACAGACAACAUGUCAGGCAAUGAGGGGCUGAAGAUGAUGGUGACCAUCACAUGUAUCUUGGUGGCUGCUGUUAUGGUCUUCAUCCUCUUGAUGGUGCUAAAGAGGAGGAGGAGGGAGCAGAGGCUGAAGAGACUACGGGAUGCAAAAAGCCUGGCAGAAAUGCUGAUGAGCAAAAACACACGGACCCCAGACACGUCAAACAAACAGCAGCAGACACUGAGAAUGCACAUUGACAUCCCCCGAGCCCAGCUGCUCAUCGAAGAGAGAGACACCAUGGAGACAAUCGAUGACCGGUCGACGGUGCUGCUGACUGAUAAUGACUUUGGAGAGACAUCCAAACAGAAGUCAUCCACUGUCACACAUACAGUCCACUACCAGUCCCUGUCUCAGGCCACAGGCCCCUUGGUGGACGUGUCAGACGCCCGGCCUGGAACCAACCCAACGGCGCGGCGCACCGCCAAAGCCGGCCCCACAGCCAGCAGGAGCCGCUACGCCAGCCAGUGGACCCUGAACCGACCCCAGCCUCCCACCUCCUCCCACACCCUUAGCACAGACUGGAGACUCCCCACUCCACGGGCUGCCGGCUCUGUGGACAAGGAGAGCGACAGCUACAGCGUCAGCCCGUCGCAGGACACAGACCGUGCGCGGAGCAGCAUGGUAUCGACGGAGAGCGCGUCAUCCACGUACGAAGAGCUGGCGCGGGCUUACGAGCACGCCAAGAUGGAGGAGCACCUGCGACAUGCUAAAUUCACCAUCACAGAGUGCUUCAUCUCCGACACCUCCUCGGAGCAGAUGACCGCAGGCACCAAUGACUACACGGACAGCCUCACCUCCAGCACGCCGUCCGAGUCAGGCAUCUGCAGGUUCACCGCCUCCCCGCCCAAGCCUCAGGACGUCAGCCGGGUGAUGAACAUGGCCGUGCCCAAGGCCCACAGGCCAGGAGGAGAGCUGGUGCACCUGCCCCCGUACCUGCGUAUGGACUUCCUGCUAAACCGCGGCUCUGCCUCGGGAGGCCGGGGGAACGGAGGAAGGGAAGGUGGAGGGGUGGAUGGCGGGGCUUUGGGCCAGGCGUGUCUGGAGCCCCAGAAGAGCCGCACUCUGAAGCGGCCCCCGCUCCUGGAGCCCACACCUAUGGAGGUGCCUACGUCUGUUGAGGUGCAGCAGUGGCAGCCAGGGACUGCCUCCACACUGCCUCAGCGUGACCCCGGCGGCCGUGACCCCGCCGGCCGUGACCCCGCUGGCCGUGACCCCGCCGGCCGUGACCCCGCCGGCCGUGACCCCACAGAUCUUGCCCAGGCGCAGGCCGCCAAGCUCAGCAGCUCACAGGAAUCCCUGCUAGACUCCAGAGGACACCUAAAACAGAGCAACAACCCCUACGCAAAGUCCUACACACUGGUAUAACACACGGAGUGCCGUUAAACACUCCAGUACUGAGACUGUAUGCUAUACUACAGCACUGCAGAGAGAGAGAUUUCACAGGGCGAUGAUGAUGACGGGACACUUCAACGACCACUUAAGUUGUAUAUAUAUAUUUCUGACUCCAAGUGGAUGCGUUACUUUAAUUCUUUCUUCCCUUUCUUUCUUCCUUCUUUCUUUUCUUCUUUCUUUCCUUCUUUCUUUCUUUCUUUCUUCUCUUUUGUCUCUCUUUUCCUACUGCUUUCUUUUGUUCUUUCUCCUUUUCCUCUUCUCCUGAGUUUUAUUUUCUACUUGAAUAUUCUUUUAUUCUAAAUUACACCAUAUGAAGAUUGCCAAAAUACUUUAUUUAAAUUUGACAGAGAAAAAUACUAUUGAAUUUAUAUCAAGGAUAAUUAUAGUCAUUAUUAUUAUAUAUAAAAAUUGGAAAAUGUUGAAAAACAAGAAGAGGAGGAGCACUCUCCAGGAGGAAAUAGCUUUCUUCAUUUCAGAUUUUUUUUUUAUGUCGCAGUGUGAUCAAAUCAAUGAUUGAGUAGCCAACAGUUUACUAACAACAAGAGCAGCCAAGGACAUGAAUGGAGCUGAACCUGGCUUUCCAUGCCAUCUACACAAUCUACUCAGAUUGUUACUACGUUUUUCAACCUUUCCAGUGACUGCAUGGGGACUGAUCUAUGACAAUUAUAGGAAGUACUGGAAAAUUCAAAAGAGAAUUUUGUCACACCAUGACAAUUAUACAAUGUGAAUAUAUAUAAAGAGAUCACUUUUAUUUGUGGAUAUUCCAGGGGAAAUGAUUUGGUUAAUAAAGUCCUUAGUCAUGUU